GGGUAUGUUAAUUACUAAUAAAAGAACUUCGAAAAUGAAGAUCCAACCUCUUAUUGCUGAAGAAAGAAAUUUAGUUCAGCUAAACUUCACAUCAUAAAUCCAUCUAACACCUACAACUCGUUUGUUUCUGAAGCAAUUAUUUAACAUCAAUUCAUUGCUGUUGAGUUUGCCCAUCUACAUAUCUACCAUUCUUUGCAGAAUAGUAACAACGCAAAAGAAAGAGAAAGAAAGAAAAGACACAGCUCCAUCGAAGGUGAAUGCGUGAGAUUUAAUUCAGGCCGUUUAUAGAAUAAAGCGAUGGAAAGCAAAAAGGCUUUGGCAACCACUAGAAAAGUUAUAAGAUGCAGAGCCGCAAUCGGCAGAAAGCCAGGAGUGCCACUAUCGAUAGAGGAAAUUGAAGUUGAUCCUCCAAAAGCUUGGGAGGUUCGAAUCAAGAUUCUAUGCACAUCCCUCUGUCACAGUGAUAUUACCUUCUGGAAAUUAACUGCAGGACCUGCUGCAAUAUUUCCCAGAAUUUUUGGGCAUGAAGCAGCUGGUGUUGUGGAGAGUGUAGGAGAGUAAGUAGAAGAAGUGAGAGAAGGAGACUUGGUUGUUCAUGUGCUUCAAGCAAACUGCGGAGAAUGUAGAGACUGCAAGUCAACAAAAAGCAACACUUGCACAAAAUUUGGAUUCAACUAUCGAGUAGACAUGCCAAGGGAUGGAACAAGCAGGUUUAGAGACAUGAAUGGGGAGACUGUACACAAUUUUUUGCGCGUGUCCAGCUUCACCGAGUACACUGUAGUUGAUAUCACGCAUGUCGUCAAAAUUACCAGCGAAAUGCCACACGAUAAGGCCUGUCUACUCGGCUGUGGAGUGUCAACCGGGGUUGGAGCAGCGUUCAAGGUGGCAGGAGUGGAAGAGGGAUCCACUGUAGCAAUCUUUGGGCUUGGGACUGUUGGACUUGCGGUUGCAGAAGGAGCAAGGUUAUGCAAAGCUUCAAAAAUUAUUGGUGUUGAUUUAAAUCCUGAAAAAUUUGAACUAGGCAAAAAAUUUGGAGUCACUGAUUUCAUCAACCCUGCAGAGUGUGGGGAGCAAACAAUCAGCCAGGUGAUUAAGGAAAUGACAGACGGGGGUGCUGACUAUUGCUUUGAGUGCAUUGGAUUGGCAUCUGCAAUGGAAGAUGCUUUCAGUUGUAGCCGAGAGGGGUGGGGGAAGACAGUGAUACUGGGAGUGGACAAGAUUGACCAGGCAUUGUCUUUGAACUGCUAUGAGAUUCUUAGAGGCAAAAGUGUUAGCGGCUCAUUGUUCGGAGGGAUCAAGCCCAAAACUGAUAUCCCACUUCUUGCCCAGAAAUAUGUAGACAAGGAACUUCAUCUGGAUGAUUUCAUAACCCACCAAGUGAAUUUCCAGGAUAUUAAUAAAGCUUUUGAGUUGCUCCUGGAAGGGAAAAGCCUCCGUUGCAUCAUCUGGAUGGAUCAGUAACUGUCUCCCUUUCUCAUGCCACUGUAACAACGGUGACCAAUAAACUUAUUUCAUCAUAUAAAUCAAAACUCUAUAUAUCAUCUCCCAUUAAUAUAUACUAAAUGCAUACUGUAAUUUUUU